AUGUCCCGCAACCGUGUCAAAAACAUCGCAUACGACCACGAUGACUUCGCCUCCGACGACGACAAUGACAGUAACGACAUGACCCCUGAAGACCGCGAGCAGAUGCAGCAGGGCUCCGCACAGGUGCGCCAGCUGCUAGAUACGGACACCCCGCCCGUCCCCGCGUCCGACGAGGAGAUCUGGGAGGCGCUGUGGUAUUACUACUAUGACGUUGAGAAGGUGGUGGGGUUCCUGCGGAAGAAAUAUACGCCGAAAACGCCAAAGAAGCAGCAGCAGCAGCAGCAGGUGAAGGUUAAGGGAACCGCUCCAUCAUCAUCUCCAUACCCCGUCCCGAUGUGUCCAGAACCUUUCUCCGCUGCCGACUUCUUCAAGGAUUCGCCAUGGCUGAAUAUCCCCACCCGCCGCAGAGCUGACAUCCUAAUCGAACCUCUCUACCCUCGACUGGGCUUGCUUGGUGGUGCGCAAGAGACAUCGGGGAAGGUAUCGAAACUUGCCGCGCUAGCUGCGCGCAAGAGGAAAGAGAGCGAGAGGAAGGCUGCGGCGGAAGCUGUCAGUGGUGGUGUGGUUACUGGCAGUGAGACAUCCGAGGGCACUCAGAAUCAACAGCGGAAGUCCCGUGUCUCGCUGCUGGAUAGGUUAGCGGUUGACGGGAAAGCACAAGGAGCUCUGCUAGCCCGCUCCAUCCAUCUGCCAUUGCGGAGUGGGAAGGAUGCUUUGAACUGGUCGUCGCUCAAGAAGCCGCUCCGGGCUAGUCCUGAUGUUGCGGGCACGCCGGAAUCUACCACCAUGGUGCCUGGCGUUCCUCCGAAUGGAAAGAGAAAAGCCACAGCAGCGCUGUCUGGAGAAAGCACGGCGCAGGAAGUGGAACGCCCCUCGAAGCUGCCUAACCUACGAGCGGAACCUUCAGCAUUUGCCCUGGUCCUUGUCGGCGCGGGAGGAGCUGAAGAUGGAGGUGACCGUGAUGACGGCUUCAUACCCAACCCCAUCUCACAUAACAUCGACGUCAUGCGAUUCUUUGGUCAGGAUCUUACUGAAGCAUUUGACUUUGCAGAACCAAGCCCGGACGAUAUUGUCAUCAAGGCACGGGAGUCAGCUAAAGGCAAUUCCAAUAAGAAUAAAACAAAACGGACGACUGCGAAUAAAUCGUCACCAGGAAAGAAUGAUGAUGUGGUGGAAGGCAUUGGGGAGCUGUCUAUCCAGGAGACAGCGAAGGUCAAAAGCAAGAAUAUCGAUGUUUUGGCCGAAUAUCGCAAAACGGAGAGGAAAAAAGCCGCUAAUUUUGUUGUCAUCGGCCAUGUCGAUGCUGGGAAAAGCACACUGAUGGGACGACUGCUUUACGAACUGAAGGCGGUUGACCAGCGAACUAUUGAUAGGUACCAAAGGGAGGCCGAUAGGAUAGGCAAGGGCUCGUUUGCACUGGCAUGGGUGCUUGACCAGGGGUCAGAGGAGCGGGCACGUGGGGUGACGAUCGAUAUAGCAACCAACCGAUUCGCGACGGAGAACACCAACUUCACGAUCCUAGAUGCGCCAGGCCAUCGCGACUUCGUACCCAACAUGAUUGCGGGAGCAAGCCAAGCGGACUUUGCGGUGCUAGUCCUUGACGCCACGACCGGAAACUUCGAAUCGGGCCUAAGGGGCCAGACGAAAGAGCAUGCCCUCCUCGUCCGAAGCAUGGGCGUGCAACGGAUCGUCGUUGCAGUGAACAAGAUGGACGCAGCCGGGUGGUCGCACGACCGUUUUGACGAGAUCCAACAGCAGACGGCCUCCUUCCUCACCACAGCCGGCUUCCAGGCGAAAAACAUCUCCUUCGUCCCCUGCUCGGGGCUACGGGGCGACAACGUGGCCCAGCGCGCACACGACACGAACGCCAGCUGGUACACCGGCCGGACGCUCGUUGAGGAACUCGACACGUCCGAGCCAUACACGUACGCGCUCGACAAGCCGCUACGCAUGACCAUCGCCGACGUGUUCCGCGGCGGCGUGCAGAACCCGCUCUCCAUCUCCGGGCGCCUCGACGCGGGCCACCUGCAGGUCGGCGACCAGCUCACCACCAUGCCCAGCGGGGAGACAUGCACGGUCCGGAGCCUGGCGGUCGACGAGGCGCCCAGCGAGUGGAGCGUGGCGGGGCAGAACGUCACGCUGCACCUGACGGACAUCGACCCGACACACGUGCGGAUCGGGGACAUUCUGUGCAGCCCGUCCGCGCCGGUGAAGAACGUGACGUCUUUCACGGCGAAGGUGCUGGCGUUCGAUCAUCUGACGCCGAUGCACAUCGAGGUGCAUCGCGGCCGGUUACAGGUGCCCGGGCGCAUCAGUCGGCUGGUUGCGCUGCUGGACAAGGGCAGCGGGAUGGCCGUGAAGAAACGGCCGAAGAUCGUGGGGCCUGGAGGCGUUGCGCGGAUCGUUGUGGAACUGGAGCAGGCGAUUCCGCUGGAAGCGCCUGGGAGGGUUGUGCUGAGGGCUGCGGGGGAGACUGUUGCGGCCGGAUUGUUGGAGUGA